AUGGACCCUCUUGUGUACAAGAAGAACACCAUCCUCCCGCGCCAGCGCAUCUACCAGGCUGACACCCGCCCGGUGUACAUGCGCCUCCCCGGCUCGAAGCUGUACUACGGCAUCUUCCUGGGCUUCUUCUGGACCGGCAUUGCCGGUAUCACCGUCGGCACCUACAACAUGGCGGUGGGCAAGAAGAGCGAGUAA